CCCGGCGCGAGGCCGCGAACGAGAAGCCCAGAACUCGUCCCCGAAAUCCACCCUAGCACCGACCACCGAGCGACCCCGAGGCAGGCACGCAGGCGGCGAUGGCGGCGGCGAACGCGGGGGAUGUGGAGGUGGUCGACUUCGACUCCGACGACGACGACCUCAUGGACGACGACGCCCCCGAGGCCAACCCGGCCCCGGCGGCCCCGCGCCUCCGUUCCACCAUCGCCGCCGGAGGGGACUCCGCCGCUGCCGCGCGCAAGACCAAGGGCCGCGGGUUCCGCGAGGAACCUUCCUCCUCGCGCCCCCUCGCCGGCCGCGGCGACUUCGAUUCCCUUGGCUCGGACGACGGCCCCGGCCCCCUCAGAUCUAUUGAGGGGUGGAUUAUUUUGGUAACUGGGGUUCAUGAAGAAGCACAGGAGGAUGAUCUCCAUAAUGCUUUUCGGGAGUUUGGGCAGGUCAAGAACCUGCAUUUGAAUUUAGAUCGCCGUACUGGGUUUGUCAAGGGAUAUGCUUUGAUUGAAUACGAGAACUUUGAGGAAGCCCAGGCUGCAAUAAAAGCAAUGGACGGAAGUGAGCUUGUUACACAGAUAAUAAAUGUUGACUGGGCAUUUAGUAGUGGCCCUGUCAAGCGAAGAAAUGUUCGCAGGAGAUCAAGGAGCCCUCCCAGGAGGAGAUACUGAGCUUGCUUUCUCCACCUUGUCAUAAGGAGCGCUUGCCAGCUGAAACAUGGGUGGCUUUCCAGGCUGUGUUUUCCCGAUUUCGCAAGUGAAGUUUGAUGCAUGAUGAUGGUUGGCUUUCGGUUUCCAACUACUCAUAGUAUGACCUCUGUAUCUCAUUUCCUGUUUCCUUUGCAUUUGGUGUAUGCUGGUUUGUUCAAACAUGCCAUGAGGAUUAGUCUCCGAUUGUAAUUGUGACGUAUGGUACUGUGGAAUUGAUGCUUCGACUUCUAUAUUAUUCAGUGAUUCAGUGGUUGAACUAA